AUGGCAUCAAGCGAGCUACCUGCUCGGCUCAAGGAGUCGAUCGAGAACACAAAGGUCGACUACCGCCAGCUCGGAAAAUCUGGCCUGCACGUUUCCGUACCCAUCUUUGGAUGCAUGAGCUUUGGUGAUCGCAGGACUCUUCCUUGGGUCAUCGAAGAAGAUGAGGCUCUGCCCUUGCUCAAGGCGGCGUAUGACCGCGGCCUCAACACCUGGGACACGGCCAAUGUCUACUCGAACGGCGUGUCAGAAGAGAUCGUCGGCAAGGCGCUCAAGAAGUACCAGAUCCCCCGCCACAAGGUCGUCAUCUUGACAAAGUGCCACUGGGCGGUUGGAGAAGAACCUGAGGCGCGCCACUUCGCCUUCCGCGAUGGGUUCCAAGCAUCAAAGGACUACCAGAAUGCCUGGGGCCUUUCUCGCGCUGCUAUCUUCAACCAGGUCGAGGCAUCGCUGCGUCGUCUCGACACCCCGUACAUUGACCUCUUGCAGAUCCACCGCUUCGAUGCCACAACCCCUGUCGAGGAGACGAUGAAAGCGCUCCACGACCUCGUUGAGUCGGGCAAGGUGCGCUACAUCGGGGCCAGCAGCAUGUGGGCCACGCAGUUUGCGCGCAUGCAGUUCGCCGCCGAGAAGAACGGCUGGACCAAGUUCGUCAGCAUGCAGAACCACUACAACCUGCUCUACCGCGAGGAGGAGCGCGAGAUGAACCGCUUCUGCAACGACACGGGCGUCGGGCUGAUCCCCUGGGCGCCCCUGUGCCGCGGCCACCUGGCCCGCCCGCCCGCCGAGUUCGGGUCGACGGAGCGCAGCUCGGCCGAGAAGCAGGGCGGCUCCAUGUCACAGAAGCUCACCGAGGCGGACCACAAGACGAUCGCGCGCGUGGUCGAGAAGGCCGAGGAGAAGGGUUGGCCCAUGGCGCACGUCGCGCUGGCGUGGAUCAACGCGCGGGUGACGAGCCCGAUCAUUGGGUUCAGCAGCGUCGAGCGCAUCGACCAGGCCGUCGGGGCCAAGGGCAAGGUCUUGGCGGCGGAGGAGGAGGCGUAUCUGGAGGAGCUGUACGAGCCGAAGCGGAUUGAUGGGCAUCGAUGA